GAAAUCAGUCAGUUGAUAACCACAACCGGGAUUGAUGAUUGCUUAUUGUUUUGUCUGAUUCGAUUGGGAUGUUGUGAGCAAAACAUUAAUAAAACCUUUUUUCUAUUCUGUAACUGUCCCAGUAGUUAGGUGAAUUCACAGCAGCGCUAGAAUGACUACCAAGCAUAGCGAUAAUAUUGCGCUGAUAAAGAAGCACAUCGGCGAGUAUCCCGACUUUCCAAAGAAAGGAAUCCUUUUCAAGGACAUUUUUACCGCACUUCGAAAUGGGGAAGUCUGUAAAGCCAUCAAAAGCGUACUGAUUUCGUACGUGCAGGAAAACUGUCCCGAUGUGGAGGUGAUAGUAGGUCUGGAAGCUCGUGGCUUUCUGUUCAGUUUGCUGAUAGCCGCCGAGCUGGGUGUUGCUUCGGUGCCGAUACGUAAGAGGGGCAAACUUCCCGGAAAGUGCGUGCAGCAGGAGUACAAGCUGGAGUAUGGAACCGAUGUGUUCGAAGUGCAGGAAGGUAGCAUCACGAAAGGCCAAAAGGUGCUCGUGAUCGACGAUCUGUUGGCAACCGGCGGAACGUUGGAUGCAGCAAACAAAUUGAUACAACAGCUGGGCGGUUUGGUUGUGCAGAAUGUGGUUAUUAUAGAACUUACCCAGCUGGGUGGCCGGAAGAAGCUUGAAACGAGUGGUUCCAAAGUACAUUCCUUUAUACAAUAUGACGACAUAGAAUAACAAGGCCCAGAUUGUUCUCCGGUUAUCUUCGGUAGAGUGUUACUUUGGUUAACGAUCAAAAGACAGUUAAGAUUAAGUUACAAACGGACCUCAAAGGUCUUUAAUAAUAGCAGCUGGUUUUGGCUUGUUACCCUUUUGGACCGUUAUUUUCGGUUCUUUCUAUAUUCAUGUUCCUCUUGACCAAUCUCUAUGCAAUAAAAACCGUUGAUAGCGAACGAUUCGUUGAUCGUAAUAUAGCAUAAUUAAAAA